CCGCCGCUUUAAGAAGCUGCUCGGCGCUGCACGCGGGGCCGGAGCCGCAGUCCGAGAGAGCGGAACCGAGCUGAGCUGAUAGGUGCACUGCUGCGGGGACGGCAACGGCAUGACCGGCCACCACGGCUGGGGCUACGGCCAGGAAGACGGCCCCUCGCAGUGGCACAGGCUGUAUCCCAUUGCCCAGGGCGACCGCCAGUCACCCAUCAACAUCGUGUCAAGCCAGGCUGUGUACUCACCCAGCCUGCAGCCACUGGAGCUUUCCUACGAGGCCUGCACUUCCCUCAGCAUCACCAACAAUGGCCACUCUGUCCAAGUGGACUUUAAUGACAGCGAUGACCGCACCGUGGUGACUGGGGGCCCCCUGGAUGGGCCCUACCGGCUCAAGCAGUUCCACUUCCACUGGGGCAAGAAGCACGACGUGGGCUCUGAGCACACGGUGGACGGCAAGUCGUUCCCCAGUGAGCUGCACCUGGUUCAUUGGAAUGCCAAGAAGUAUAGCACCUUUGGGGAGGCAGCCUCAGCACCCGAUGGCCUGGCCGUGAUUGGUGUCUUCUUGGAGACAGGGGAUGAGCACCCCAGUAUGAACCGCCUGACAGACGCUCUCUACAUGGUCCGGUUUAAGGGCACCAAGGCCCAGUUCAGCUGCUUCAACCCCAAGUGCCUCCUGCCCACCAACCGGCAAUACUGGACCUACCCCGGCUCCCUGACAACACCCCCGCUGAGUGAGAGCGUCACCUGGAUUGUGCUCCGGGAGCCCAUCUAUGUCUCUGAGAGGCAGAUGGAGAAGUUCCGGAGCCUGCUUUUCACCUCAGAGGACGAUGAGAGGAUCCACAUGGUGAACAACUUCCGGCCACCACAGCCACUAAAGGGCCGUGUGGUCAAGGCCUCCUUCCGGGCCUGAGCUACCCACCUGUCCAAUCGGCCAUUAGGGCACCAUCUUCCCAAGGGCUUCCAUGUCAGCAGACACCAAACCAUCUGAGGCUCCCUGCCUGGGGAGGGGGGUACACUGGACCCCCUCAAGCCACCUUGCUCCUUGGCCAUCCUGGAGACUUCUUGAUGGGACCUUCAAGUCAGGGGCUCCCUUCAGCUGCCCGAGGGACAAGAAGGACAGGAGCUGAGGGGUCCAAACCCCAGGGCUGCCUCCACUCUCCUAGACCCAAAGGACCCUGACAGCAUCCUCUUGUCUUCCCCAGUGGCAGUAGCAGCAGCCUGCCUAAGCACACACUGUGAUGGACAAGCCUGUGCUCCCUGGGGCAGGCAGCUGGCACUGCCAGAAAGACUCAAGCAAUAAUUAGAGGUGGGCAGAGCUGCCCUCUCAGUGUUACCUCUUCUUCAGGCCCCCCGCCGUGCACACACCUCACUGCCAGGCCAUUAAAAUCAGCACUCAGCCUGCUGGAGGGGACAUGGCCUUCUCCCUCCAGCCACAUGCUGUGGCGGGCAGGCCUGGCUACAGCUUAUGUAGUAUCUCCCCUCGUCCCCCACCCAGCCACCAAAGUCACUCACACAUAAAUCCAUCCCAUAUGUUAAUUAAUAAAUUCAUUCCUUCAUGCAACAAA